UAAAAAAAAGGAAAGAGAAGUGAGAGAGAGGUGUUGUUGCAGCUUUAGCCCAAAGAUCUCUCCUUUUUGCAGAGCUUCUUCUUCUUCUCAUCAUCGUCUUUCUCCAAAAUCCCAGCUUUCUCUUUCCCAGUUUCUUCGUCUCCAUCAUUUUCGCGUGUUGUAACCUAAUCCAAUCUUACCCAUCGAUGGAAUAACAUCAUCAGGACGCGCCAAAUUCUGUGUCGGAGGACCGAGAGAUCUCCAUCUCCUGUCCAGAUUCGAUUCCCACCAAUCCCAAUUUCUUGAAAUUCGCUAGGGUUUUAGAUUAAAUCUCAUCAGUCAUCAGAUCGAGUCGACACAGGAAGAAGAAAGCGAUGAAGAUGGCGACGAAUGGCCGGUUUUUCACAAUCGGGCUAGUGACGUCAUGGUACUCAUCGAACAUUGGAGUAUUGUUGCUGAACAAGUACUUGCUUAGCAAUUACGGAUUCAAGUACCCGAUCUUUCUCACCAUGUGUCACAUGACGGCUUGUUCGUUACUCAGCUACGUCGCCAUUGCUUGGUUAAAGAUGGUUCCGAUGCAGACGAUUCGAUCCCGAGUUCAGUUCUUUAAGAUCUCAGCUCUAAGUCUCGUUUUUUGUGUGUCGGUGGUCUUUGGUAACAUCUCUCUUCGCUUUCUUCCUGUUUCGUUUAACCAAGCCAUUGGUGCUACGACGCCGUUUUUCACCGCUGUGUUUGCUUAUCUGAUGACGCUUAAGAAAGAGGCUUGGUUGACUUACUUCACUCUCGUCCCUGUCGUCACCGGAGUUGUUAUUGCCAGUGGGGGUGAGCCAAGCUUUCACCUGUUUGGAUUCCUUAUGUGCAUUGCAGCCACAGCUGCGAGAGCACUUAAAUCUGUGCUUCAAGGAAUUUUGCUUUCUUCUGAAGGGGAAAAGCUGAACUCCAUGAAUCUCCUCCUUUACAUGGCUCCAAUAGCUGUCGUGUUCCUUCUGCCUGCUACUCUUAUCAUGGAGAAAAAUGUUGUCGGCAUUACAAUUGCUCUUGCAAGAGAUGAUUUCAGAAUCGUUUGGUAUCUUCUUUUCAAUUCAGCGCUCGCCUAUUUCGUCAACUUGACAAAUUUCUUAGUCACGAAACACACUAGCGCCCUGACUUUACAGGUGCUAGGAAACGCCAAAGGAGCAGUAGCGGUGGUGGUCUCUAUUCUAAUCUUCAAGAACCCGGUUUCAGUGACCGGAAUGCUGGGUUACUCCCUCACCGUCUGUGGAGUUAUCCUCUACAGCGAAGCCAAGAAACGAAGCAAAUGAGAACACCGAACACAUACCAAGCUUCUUCUUCUUCUUCCUCCCUAUAUAUAUGUUUUAUAUUUUCUCCCUUAUGGAUACACAGGCAAGUAGUCUCUUUUGCUGUUACCAAAAUCGUACACAGCAUAACUGACUCUUGUCUUAAUGAAAAGCUGGGCCAAAAGCAUGGAAUUUUUUGGCAGAAACACGAGAAGCAAAGCCACACAAAGAUUGAUUACCAAAGGCAAGAAUUUAGAGAACUUCCUCCUAUGAAUAAGUAACCUUUUUUUGAUUUUGUUCUUUCUCGGAUUCUCUUGCCUUUCCUGCUAGGUUGUUUGUUAAAAUAGCUUUUGUUUCUUCGAUUCUUUACAUUUUAGUUUUGUGAUGUCAACAUUUACAACAACACCGAUUGAUUAAUUAAUCGAAAGAGAGAAAGUUCCUUA